ACUGAUGUCACUCUUUUUUUUUUUAAUUUAUUUCAUGACCAUGGAUACAAGUCCUUCAGUCGCAUUCUUAGAGUUAACAAACUUAACAAUUACAAAACAAAUAUAACUAUGACUAUGAAAUACAUGAAAAUUAAACAGUUUCUAAAGUAUUUAAAAUGAAUUUGAACACAGGGUUAAAAUAAACUGGAUUAGAUAAUAAAUCCUGAACGCGGCGGGGAACACUUAACGAAUUUUCUUCUGCAAUGUCACUAAUCACACUGACAAGCAAUAACCUCUGUAACGAAAACGACUCGCACUCAAAAAUCACAUGUUUUAUAUCUGCAUUUUCUUUGUAGCAAUAAGUGCACUUAUCAUCAGUGAUAAUAUUCUUCCUCUUGAGAUGCGCUGGAACCAAACAAUGACCAAAACGUAGCCUAUUUAUGCAGGUUAUGAACUUUCUGUUGCUGUAUUUAAAACCAUAGUACCACGGUCUUGUUGGUAAUGAUCCUGUUAUGAGAGUAUUCGCCGAGAUAUUAGUUGGCUGAGCAAAUUCUACUGGGUAUAAUAUUUUAUCCAAGACAACAUGGUUCUCGCAAGACAACUCCUUCAGACAAAAUCUCUCAGCCAGCUGUAGUCGUCGCAAGGACAAGGGAGGUUGCGCUUCAUAUAUGGCAGGCUUCACGUUUAUAUCUACCAGAGUUGGAUAGUGGUAACUGUCAGAAAGUGUGUGUAGCCCUUAAGUAAUACAUUACAUAGUCUAUGACGAGAUGCUCUAUAAUGUCUUUGAACGUUUUUUUUUCUUCUCUCCCUUCUCGCUGCACCACUCGGCCGAGCACGACAUUUUUAAUCUAUAAAAUGUAAUUUUAUGUUUUUACUUUGACCAUGUACAUGGUCCUUCAUGUAAAGCGAUACAGGCAAUAAAAGCCAUGUGAGUAUUCUGAAUUUCAUUUAAAAGCCCACUACACUCGAUCCCACCUUUACUGAGAUAUUGAGAGAUAUCAGCCAGUGACGUUUUCCGUCACAGGUUAUGGGAACAGAGCUGAAUUUAAACUACAAUUAAAUCGCACAAAGGAAUAUAAACGUAAGGAUCGAGUGUCAGUGUUUGGGCUAUUGGAUCUCAUCACAUCACAAUGGACUCCGCCGCCGCCGAGUCGAGGCAACCUAACCUCAACCACCACGUGUCCAUCGAGAAGCUUCGCGACGCCUCCAAUUACUUCUCUUGGAAGUUCACAACUAAGAACAUACUUAUUUUAGAAGGUUUGUGGAAUGCCGUUGAGGGCCGUGAAACGGAUGGCGAUCGGCAGAAUCGUGCUCUGGCACGUAUAUGUCUUUCAUUGAACAAGGACCUGUAUCAAUAUGUUAGGAAUUGCACGACGCCUGCAGAUGCUUGGAGCAAACUAAAGGACGCAUUUGAAGAUAAAGGCCUGUAUCGCAGGGUACUUUUACUUAGAAAACUUCACAGAAUUCAAUUCAGUGAACAUUCAUCUAUGGCGAGCUACAUAGACAGCAUAAUAACUAUCGUUCAGCAACUAGAAGACAUAGGGCGAACUAUUGAGGAUGCCGAGGUCGCUGAAAUCUUAUUAAGUGGCUUACCAGCUGAAUAUGACACCGUCGUUUCAAGUCUAUCAACUGCGGCAGUAGGUCAAACUGUGAAAAGUGAAGUGAUAAAGUCCCGUCUGCUCCAGGAAUUCUCAAGGAAAUCUUCAAUUGAAUCUACAGCUGCUUUUGUUACUAAAAAGCAAGUCACCUGUGAUUUCUGCAAGCGCCAAGGUCAUACAAAGGCCCAAUGCUUCAAGCUCAAAUCGAAGAAGAGGAAGUCGUCUAACCCUAACAUGGACAGAACCAACAUGGUCGCUGCUUUUAUGGCUAGAACUCCACAAGAAAAUUUUUACUUAGACUCUGGUGCUACAAAUAGCAUGGUCAAUAAUAAGAAUCUUUUAUCUGAUACAUUACCUUGCCAGUCUAAUGUUAUUGUUGCAGACAAUAAUAAAAUAUCUUGUGAGGCCAUAGGAAAGCUGCAAUUUUCAUUGAAAGAUAAGGAAGAAGCCAUCAAUAACUGCACUGCUUGUCUUGAGGGGAAGAUGUCGGCCGCACCUUACCCAAAAGGACAGGCCAAGCGGGCUGAUGAAGCACUGCAGCUCAUCCACAGCGACGUCCUUGGGCCUGUACAGGAGCCAAGCUGGGGAGGCAAGAGGUAUCUUGUCUGCUUCACCGAUGACUACACCAGAAAAUCAUUCGGUUUUCUCAUGAAGGAAAAAUCAGAGAUGGAUCUGAUGGAGAUGACGAGGAGUACCAGUCACUGACCGAGCCCAACUCCGAUGACUUCGCCGACGGUGGGCGCGUGGAGCGACCUACAUCUCAGCAAGCAUCUUGUGGAGGGGAAGCGGUGCAUUCCGUACCCGACUUCAGCGACAGUUCUGCUGACGAUGAGCGCGUGGAGCGCUGUCCAUCGUCUGAGCGGGCAUCAUCUGGAGGGGAAGCGGUACUUGAGGGUGAAGCCUCAAUUGGUACAUCCGAUCGUCCUGUCCGUGUCAGGCGACCCCCACAAAGGUAUGGUGAUUACGAUUUUUCAAUGUUAACCCAACGUACCUCAUUUGAAGAACCCCAGUCUUAUCGUGAGGCUAUUGUAUCGCCAUAUCAUGAUGAUUGGAUGAAUGCAAUGCAAUGUGAGUAUGACUCGUUGGUUUCAAAUAAGGUAUGGACUUUGGUUGAUAGACCCACUA